AUGGCUAAUCAGCGUAAAUCAUCGCUAUUUGAUCGUUGGAAGCAACAAACUGCAAAUGACGAAUUCGGAGGUAUCAAUGAAGAAGAAAUGAUCGAAUAUAAAGAAGCAUUCCAUCUUUUUGAUAAAGAUGGAAAUGGGUCAAUUUCAUCGAAAGAAUUGGGAGUUGCAAUGCGAUCCCUUGGACAAAAUCCUACGGAACAAGAAUUACUUGACAUAGUAAAUGAAGUAGACAUUGAUGGUAGUGGUACCAUUGAUUUCCCAGAAUUCUGCCAAUUAAUGAAACGAAUGAAUAAAGAAAAUGACAGUGAAAUGAUACGGGAAGCUUUUCGAGUGUUUGAUCGAGACGGUAAUGGCUAUAUUACAGCAGAAGAAUUUCGAUAUUUUAUGACACAUAUGGGUGAACAAUUUAGCGAUCAAGAAGUUGACGAGAUUAUGGCUGAAGUUGAUAUUGAUGGUGAUGGACAGGUUGAAAAAAUUGAUACCUUUCAUUUCAUGCAUGUUGCUAAAAUACACUGGUCUGAAAUCUUCAAAAAAUCAUGCAAGAUAAGUAUGUAUUUAUAA